CUGCCUGUGCUGAGUGGAAAACAACAGAAAGCUCUGGGUUCAAAUAGCUAUUGGGUGUUUGUUUUGCUUCACUUUGUUUCCUUUUGUUUUGCUUUAAGAAGAUGAACACAGAAACCACAACCCUGGUGUCCCUGACGGAGGCGAUGAGAAGAGUAGAUCAAAAACUCCAAGCUUUAGAAGCACAGUUCAAAGAACUGGACAACACCAAGGACCAUCUGACCCGGAAAUUUGAAAACCAUAGCAAGACUUUGGCAAGCCAAGCUGCACAAGAUGAGCUGUGGGUGGCAGUUAUGGCACUCAAGUUCACUUCAAUGGAACUGAAUAUUCUGUACAGCUAUGUCAUUGAAGUACUUAUCUGCUUGCACACUCAUGUGCUUGAGAAGCUGCCAGACCUGGCAAAAAGUCUACCCACCUUCACCUCUGUCCUUCGGCGAAAAGUCAAGAACCAGCGCGUCAGAGUGGCCUGGGAAUCAGUCCUGGAGGAGAGAGGCUUGCAGGAGGGAGAUGUGGCCGCGCUCUGCGCCUUCUUCAUGGCGCACGGCAGCAAGGCAGACCACUACGCCGCCACAGCCAGACGCACGUACGUCGGAGAUGCCACCUUCAUGAUCACCAGGGUGGUGAAGAACACCGCCUUGCGAGAGGGUUUGCUGCGGGCUGUCCAGGUCAUUGACAAAGGGAAAGCGGCCAGGAGGCCUGAAGCACGAAUGUCCUCCCUAAAAGAGCUGCUGCCAUCAGUCAGACAGGAGCCUGCUUAAUCCCAGCACUCCCGAGGCUGAGGCAGGAGGAUCACUGUGAGUUCGAGGCCGGACUGGGCUACAUAGCAAGAUCCUGUCACAAUAAAACAAACAAAGAAACAAAAA